CCAGCUGUGUAUUCGAUAGAAGAAAUUAGAAAGCAUGAUAAUCCACAAGAUUUAUGGAUGAUAAUAUAUAAUAAGGUGUAUAAUAUAACUAAUUUUAGUCAGGAUCAUCCAGGAGGAGCCGAGGUGUUGUUUGACUGUGGAGGGAUUGAUGCUACAGAACCAUUUGAAGAUGUUGGCCAUCUGGAACAUGCACUCAAUAUGUUGCAUCCAUACUAUAUUGGAGAUUUAGAU